GACGGUUCCGUUCAUAGUCAUAGGUUGUACUGUUGAAAUCGGGAAGUCUACAAUAGAAAACAUAAUAACUGCCUUUAAAUGUUAGUAUACAUGUAUAACCACAUAAGAUUUAUUAGUAACAUGCAGCUAGAGUCAUCCAAUAUAGACUUCCUUCGGUUUUAUGUUGUUUUAACUGUUGACAGAUAAAGCCACAUCGCAAAACCAUCGGGCUGUGAGUUUUUUUUUGGAAGACCAAAAUAAAUGACAUCGUUACAUUUUGUGUUGGAGUUAUCUCAACGUAUGCUAAAGUAAAAAAUGACUUUUGACUCAACCAUUUAAAAGUAUGGAGCCAUGUUUAAAGUUCGCGAUUCGAGAGCGUCUGUGGAAAGUUUCAGCGAAGUGCUGGACGUGGAGGUCUGUCAAGUGCGCAAGAUCACCUUUCAAACGCUCUGUUACUUCAACAUGUGGACGAACACAUCGCAACACAAUAUUGAAUUCUGAAGGACAAUACCUCUCCUUUAGCCAAAGAAGCACAGAUGCAUCGCAGACAGCUCUUUCCAGUGUUGCUCCAGUGUUUCUUGUGAUGAGGUUUGAGUCAGAUGGGAGCCUGACCACAUUUGCGAAAAAGAAGACUGAACUUUAUCAGGAGAUCGGUUUGCAGGCAAGGGAUCUGAGAUUCCAGCACUCAACAAGUGUUACAUCACGGAACAAUGUCAUCAUCAUCCGGAUGGAGUCCCUGAAGGCAGUGGUUACCUCAAGCUGUUUAUUGGUUCUGGAUUUCCGGGGUCUUGGUCUGGAGAAAUGGCUGGUUUUAGAACUUGGGCCACAAUUGGCGGGAGACGGAAAUUUGGCUACUUACUCUCUGCCUUUCGAGUUCAGAGCUCUGGAAGCCAUUCUGCAACACAGGGUGAAUGUACUGCAUACGCGGCUGAAUGAAGUUCAGCCUCAGGUUUUAGAUUGUCUGGAUUCGCUGGUCGACCCAAAGCUCCUCUCUGCUGACCGCAGCAAACUCCAUCUGCUCCUACUUAAUAGCAAAAGCCUCUCAGAGCUGGAGACAGACAUUAAAGUGUUCAAAGACAGUCUGCUUAAGAUCCUGGAUGAAGAUGAACUGAUAGAUGAACUCUGUCUCACUAAGUGGAGUGACCCGCAAGUGUUUGAGGAGAGUAGUUUGGGCAUAGAUCAUGCUGAAGAGAUGGAGUUAUUGCUGGAAAAUUACUUCAUGCAAGCAGAAGAGCUGGGCAACAAAGCCAGAGAGUUGAAAGACCUCAUAGAUGACUCUGAAAGCGUCAUUUUCAUCAACCUGGAUAGUCACCGAAAUGUCAUGAUGCGACUGAACCUCCAGCUCACCAUGGGAACCUUCUCAGUCUCCUUGUUUGGUCUUAUGGGUGUGGCUUUUGGGAUGAAUUUGGAAUCUACUUUUGAAGAGGACCCACGUGUGUUUUGGCUGGUGACAGGAUUCAUGUUUCUGGGAAGUGGACUAAUCUGGAGAAAGCUUCUCUCUUUUCUAGGCCGACAUUUAGAACCCAGCUCUCCAACUCCUAUCCCCCCUGUUUGGAGAAAAAACCAAGCUGGCCCUUUAAAAGCUACCGAUAUUAAACCUGGAACAAGAUAAUGAUAUAUAUAUAUAUAU